AUGGCGAGCCUCUCGGCGGCCUCUUUGAAUGGAAGCCUGGCAAUCGGCGGGGGUUUCCUCAGGCAGCAGCGCGCGGCAGGCAGCCUGGCGCGUCGGGUGAUCCCAGCAGCUGCCCGCUGCCACAGCCCAGCGUCGUCGCCGCUGCUGCGCUCCGUGGCCGGUGGCGCGGUGGCGGGCGCGGCAGCGCCGGCGCACCCCGUGGCGUGUGCCCACCACCAGCAGCAGCUGCGGGGCGUGCGCACGUGCACGCGCUGCCAGGCGGCGGCGGAUGUCGAGGCGCCGGCGGCCAAGAAGCAGAAGCAGGAAAAAAAGGGCGGCAAGGGCCAACAGCAGCAGCAGCAGCAAGCCAAGGGCGGCGGCAAAGCUAAUGAGGAGAGCGUGACCCCCAAGAGCGAGGACUUCAGCCGGUGGUACCUGGACGUGGUGGCAAAGGCUGAGCUGGCGGACUACGGGCCCGUGAGGUGGGGGGCGGACUGGACUGCCGGCAUGGGGCGGGGCGGAGAGCUGUCAGAGUGUGGGGCGCAGGGGCGGCGCCGAGCGGCCUUUGGCUGGUAUGAGCAGCCUGGGGGACGAGCAGACGUGUGA